AUGGUCAAAGUUGCGGGACUCCUUCUCUUGAUAAGCAACGAACGGCUUGAUUCACGAGUCUUACGCUCUGUUUAUAACGAUAUAAACUACCUCAGCUUUCCUAUGAUCCAACCUUGGCUGCAAAUCCACCAAGACACACUUAAAUAUCUCAGGAUUGGUCGACUGUCGUCUAGGACAAAGGAUUCACUUUUGGAUGCAAGGAAAUUCCCAAAUCUGGAACAUCUUCAUCUACCUCGGUGGCUAAUGAGUUCAAAUUUGAACUUGGCUGAAGAUGAUGCGGAUUUAUUACUAGGGCCUAAACUGCGAAAGUUUACAUGGGACUUCAGCCCUUUUCAUAAAGUUCUCAGAGAAAGAUGGACGGAUUUUAACCACGAGGAAGAGGAAUGGGUGAGACGUCUUGCCCAGACUGCUAUUUCGCGAGGUCAUAGCCUUGAAGAGGUUUGGAUUGAGUUUACACCUAGAGUUAUGGACAAGGAAGGGGAAAUUUACCCAUGGGAUAGGUUGGAUAGACUUCACGAGGAUGUCCAAUCUUCCGGCCUGAAAGUGAAGUAUAAUAAGCCUGUACAUAGUAGGGAUAAAUGGAAGGAGGAAGUAGCCCGGCAGAGAGAAAGACCUGGGUAG